CUGCCCCCAGGCCCGGGAAUCCGGGAACCCCGCCUUCCCUCUGCUGGCCGAGAGGCAGCACGGGCCCCUGGGCCAGGUGCCCUCCCCUCUGCCUGACCCCCAUCCAGGACCUGUCCCUGGAGGCCUGCCUCCCGCAGUCCUGAGCCCCAUACCCCGUUGUCCCUUGUCUUCCAUAGGCCAGAUGGUCCCAGCUUGCCAGCUGAGCUGGUUUGGGGGUGGGGCCCUAUUUCUCUAUUUCCUGUUCCCGGAGCUUGGAGCGGGUGGGGCUUGGGGGGGUAGAGGUCACGUGUCUGGUCCAUCUGCCUCUUGCCUUCCGGGGCUUCUCUGGGCCACUGUCGAUGAGGUGGAGACUGACGUGGUUGAGAUCGAGGCCAAGCUGGACAAGCUGGUGAAACUGUGCAGUGGCAUGAUCGAGGCAGGCAAGGCCUAUGUCACAACCAACAGGCUCUUCGUGAGUGGCGUCCGUGACCUGUCCCAGCAGUGCCAGGGCGAUGCUGUCAUCUCGGAAUGUCUGCAGCGGUUUGGAGACAGCCUGCAAGAGAUGGUGAACUACCACAUGAUCCUGUUUGACCAAGCCCAGAGGUCUGUGCGCCAGCAGCUCCACAACUUCAUCAAGGAGGAUGUGCGGAAGUUCAAGGAGACCAAGAAACAGUUUGACAGAGUGCGAGAGGACAUGGAGCUGUCCCUGGUGAGGAAUGCCCAGGCCCCGCGGCACCGGCCCCAUGAGGUGGAAGAGGCCACAGGUGCCCUGACCCUUACCCGGAAGUGCUUCCGCCACCUGGCGCUGGACUACGUGCUCCAGAUCAACGUCCUCCAGGCCAGGAAGAAGUUCGAGAUCCUGGAUUCUAUGCUGUCUUUCAUGCACGCCCAGUACAGCUUCUUCCAGCAGGGCUACAGCUUGCUGCACCAGCUGGACCCCUACAUGAAGACGCUGGCCGCCGAGCUAGACCAGCUGGUGAUCGCCUCAGCAGUGGAGAAGCGGGAGAUGGAGCGCAAGCACGCGGCCAUCCAGCAGCGGACGCUGCUGCAGGACUUCUCCUAUGAUGAGCCCAAAGCAGAGUUUGAUGUGGAUGCACCAAGUGGUGUGGUGAUGGAGGGCUACCUCUUCAAGAGGGCCAGCAACGCCUUCAAGACCUGGAACCGGCGCUGGUUCUCCAUCCAGAACAGCCAGCUGGUCUACCGGAAGAGGCUCAAGGACGCACUGACUGUGGUGGUGGACGACCUGCGCCUGUGCUCCGUGAAGCCCUGCGAGGACAUCGAGCGGAGGUUCUGCUUUGAGGUCGUGUCACCCACCAAGAGCUGCAUGCUGCAGGCUGACUCCGAGAAGCUGCGGCAGGCCUGGGUCCAGGCGGUGCAGGCCAGCAUUGCCUCCGCCUACCGGGAGAGCCCGGACAGCUGCUACAGCGAGAGGCUGGACCGUGCGGCAUCCCCGUCCACCAGCAGCAUCGACUCAGCCACAGACUCUCGGGAGCGCGGCAAGGGUGAGGGUGUGCUGCAGCGCAUGCAGAACGUGGCUGGCAACAGCCAGUGUGGAGACUGCGGUCAGCCAGACCCCCGCUGGGCCAGCAUCAACCUGGGCGUGCUGCUCUGCAUCGAGUGCUCAGGCAUCCACAGGAGUUUGGGUGUCCACUGCUCCAAGGUGCGGUCCCUGACACUGGACUCAUGGGAGCCCGAGCUGCUGAAGCUGAUGUGCGAGCUUGGGAACAGCACUGUGAACCAGAUCUAUGAGGCCCAGUGUGAGGGACUGGGCAGCAGGAAGCCCACAGCCAGCAGCCCCAGGCGGGACAAGGAGGCCUGGAUCAAGGACAAGUAUGUGGAGAAGAAGUUCCUGAGGAAGCCACCUUUGGCACCAGCCCGGGAGGCCCCACGUCGCUGGAAAGCGCAGAAGUGCCAGCGCCACCACAGCUCCCCCCGUGUCCCCACUGCCCGCCGCAAGGUCCGGCUGGAGCCUGUCCUGCCCUCUGUGGCUGCUCUGUCCUCAGGCACUGUGGAGCGAAAGUUCCGGAGGGACUCGCUCUUCUGCCCGGACGAGCUGGACUCCCUCUUCUCCUACUUUGAUGCUGGGGCCGCUGCGUCUGGUCCACGCAACCCCACAGGUCUGAGCAGCGACAGCGGCUUAGGGGGCAGCUCUGACGGCAGCUCGGACGUCCUGGCCUUCGGCGCCAGCUCCGCGGUGGACAGUGUCACUGAGGAGGAGGGCGCAGCAGAGUCGGAGGAGUCCAGCGGCGACGCGGAUGGCGAGGCCGAGGCCUACGCUUGGGGCCUGGCGGACGUGCGCGAGCUGCACCCUGGGCUACUGGCGCACCGCGCAGCGCGCACCCGCGACCUCCCCGCGCUGGCUGCAGCGCUGGCCCAUGGGGCCGAGGUCAACUGGGCCGAUGUGGAGGACGAGGGCAAGACGCCGUUGGUGCAGGCUGUGCUAGGGGGCUCUUUGAUCGUCUGUGAAUUCCUCCUGCAAAACGGGGCGGACGUAAACCAAAGAGACAGCCGGGGCCGCGCUCCCCUUCACCACGCCACGCUCCUGGGCCGCACUGGCCAGGUCUGCCUGUUCUUGAAGCGGGGGGCGGACCAGCAUGCGGUGGACCACAAAAAGCAGGACCCGCUGAGCAUCGCGGUCCAGGAGGCAAAUGCCGACAUCGUCACGCUGCUCCGGCUGGCCCGCAUGGCUGAGGAGAUGCGGGAGGCCGAGGCUCCCGCGGGCCAGGCAGGCCUCCUGGCGGGCAGCAGCCCCACGGAGCUCCAGUACCGCAGGUGCAUCCAGGAGUUCAUCAGCCUCCACCUGGAGGAAAGCUAGGGCGGGACGGGCCCGGCUGCCAAACCGCCUCGGGCUCUCACCCUGCCGUGCCUGGACAGCCUGGCCCAGCUCCAGAGGGCACCCGUGCUGGGCUCGGAGAGCCCCAGCCGCCUGCUCUGCUGUUGGUGGAGCUGCCGGACCCCCGGGGCCCCAGCACUGAAUCUUCUGAAUCCCCAUGUUCCCUGGGAGGCGCUGUGUCACCCGGGGCCCCUCCCCCCACGCGGGGACCCUGUGUCUCCAGGUGACCUCUUCCUCGGGGGUCUGGGUUGCUCAUGUCAAAAACCACUCUGAAGGCCCUGAGUCACCUUGUGCCCCUCUGUCCCUGUGCCCCUGUCCCCACCCCUGCCUGUGUCGCCUCCUGCUCCCACCCUUACUGCCCCAGAAUGCUGACCUGCUAGUUGGGUCUCUCCUAUAUACCCCCAGACCCCCUCCAUUGGGCCCUGGCUGGUGGCUGGCCACCAGCGCCUUUUGAGGUCAGAGGGGCAGUCCAUCCAGGGAAUCAACCCAUGUACCUCACUUAGUGACCCCAGCAUCCGGGCUGGGCUUCUUGGGUGCUGGGGGCAGAGGCUCUGGCCUGGGGCCUCAGCCCUGGCUGGAUGCAGGCGUCCUGAGGCCACGGGGCUGGCCAUGCCAGCCCCGUGCUGGCGGCCCUAACCCACCUCCUGCAGAGGUACUUGGCCCAAAGCCAGCGCAUAAAGGGUUUUGUCACUUUCCACCCCUGCAUCUGAUAUUCUUUGUCACAGACUGAGUGGAUUUUCUACAACAGCCUCACCUGAUCUCACGCCUUCUCUCUGUGGACUCCGGAGCACCACCCUGACCCCCGGCUCUGUGUGCUGCCACAGGGGACCCUUGCAGCUCUGCCCUGCUCCCUCACCAGCCUUACCCCUUGGGCUAGGCCCUCAGUGGGCCCAGGGGUCCCUUGGAUCACUGCCCAGGGCCUACCAAUGCCUUCAGUGGGCCCCUUUUCUGGAGCCCUGGGGCAGUGGCUGGGCCUCUCCCCAACUUGGGUCUUUGGUCAGGCCAAGGCCAGUUGCUUGGUCACUAUGCAAAGGCUGCCUAGGGAGGCCCCAUGGGCAGCAAGGUGGGUGCUGACUGGGCUCCCCCAACUCUCUCACCUGCCGGCUAUGAGCCCUAAAGAGCAGAAUUAACUCCUUCCUCCCUCCUUGCUUGAGCUCUGCUCCCACUCCUGCCCCACUGCCUGCGUCAGGACCUCGUGCCCACAGGGCCUUGUGCUCGAGCCUCAGACUGGCAGAGCGGGCCCUGCUCCAGAUCAGUUAAUAAACUGCGCUUGCACCUGCUGCCCGUCAUCGGCC